AUGUCUGACGAAAAGAAACAAAACCCAUUUGAGGCCAUGGGCCUUGCCCCAGAGGAAGCAGAUAUUCCUCCAGCCUAUACACCUCCAGGACCCUCAUCCCAACAAGAACAAGAACAAGAACAUGUACCCUCAACAUCAGCCCCAAAAAAAGCCACAGGGUCAUCUUCAUCAACCAAAAAACCAAUCGCAAUCCCAGCUAUAACAUCCGCCUUCGAUUCUCCCUUCAUUCGCGCCUAUGCACCAAUCCUCAAAUCCCACAACUUUCCCAAGGAAUCCUUCCUAACAUUCCUCGAUCAACUGAACAAAGACAUCUCAAGCAGUCCACCCCUGCAAGUCCUAGAUGCAACAGGCGGGAUUCUAAGCUCCGUCCCGAUCCUAUUCCCCCUACACUGGAUCGGGUCUGCCGUCAGCGGUCUGGCCAAUCUGGGAAGCCAGGGUGUUUCCAAGAGCCGCACAGACUCAUCUAUCAAGACUGCCAACAAGGAUAUCUUUGGUCCGCGUGGGUUAAAGGUUGGAAUUGCCAAGCUGGAUGCUUUGGCGCAUCUUGCUGGUAUUCCUAUUUUGGAUUCGCAGGGCAAGAUUAAUCGCCAAGCACCGCUUUUGUUGCAGCUUCAGAAUGCUGCUGGUGUUGUUGGUCAGGGUCAAAGUGAUGAUGGGUCUCAACAGCAACAGCAGGAUGUCGAUGUUUGCCAGCGACGUAUUCAGGCUUUGGGUCCUUGGAUUGCUGAGCUUGAGUUUGAUAUCUUGCCUUGGUCUUCUAAGUCUAGGUUGACAAGGUUUAAUGCUGCUUUGAAGAAGAGUAAUGCCUCUAGGGUUCCGGAAGAAGAUCUCGGGAGGAGGCAGAGGGAUAGGAGGGAUGCUUUUUCAAAUGAGGAAAAGACUGAGGACGAGGUGCCUUUUCGUAAGGGACUUUGGCUUGUUAUUCGAGAAGUUGAGAAGGAGAGCUCUUGA